AUACCUCCCCUCCCACCCUCUCUCCUUCCCUCGCAGACGCCAUGCCGCAGACAAUCCCUGCCCUCCCAUAAACCACAUCGCACGAGCCCCGCCCACCAGGCGUGGGGAACGUCCAAGCCGUCCACGUGUGUGGAAUCCCCAUCCAGCAUCAAACCUUGCGCUCGGCAUAUACUACCACGCGGUACAGCGAUUAGACUCGGUGCCAGCUUGCCAAAUGCCAACGCCUACAUCUCGCUCUUAAUCCACUAGCCUCCUCUCCCGCCUCAUCCAUCUCUUAGAUCCGGGGAGGCGGCGACCGGCAGAUGGCGGUGUACGUCCGAGCGAAGCGGGUGACGGACCCGCUCGACGACAAGGUGAAGGCCCGAAUCCGCGGCGACGACCGGUUCGUCACCGGAUACGCCAGUAGUGGCAGCGAGCACGACGCCCUCUCCGGUCUUGUCCACGCCUUCCUUGAGAGCGACGGCCCCAACUCCCAUGGCGCUUCCGCCUCCGCCGCCGCCGCCUCCGACGGCAGCGAAGAGUCCGACUCCGAGGACGGUGACCGGUCCGUCGAGGUGGCGACGAAGGUAAAAGAUCUGCUGGAUCCGUCUGGGAAGGAGGACCCCUUCCGCCUCCGGUUGAUGGUGGACGUCUCCGAGGCAGCCGAGGCCCUGGCGGAGCUGCGGUGGAGUGGAUCCGGUUACCGCCGGGCGGUGAUGGUAAGGCUUAGAGAGGGAGGAUAUAAUGCCGGGAUUUGUAAGGCCCGGUGGGAGAGCUCCCGCAGGCUCACCGCCGGCAGCUACGAGUACAUCGACGUGGUGGUUGAUGCGGCGAAGGAGGUGGCGGCGAGGUAUAUAGUGGACGUAGGGUUUGCUGCGGAGUUCGAGGUGGCGAGGGCGACGGAGGAGUACGGGAGUAUGGUGGCGGCGCUGCCGCGGGUGAUGGUGGCGCGGCCGGAAGAGGUGCGGCAUGUGGUGCAUAUCGCGGCGGAGGCGGCGCGGCGGUCGCUGCGGCGGCGGGGUAUGCACGUGCCACCGUGGCGGAAGGGGAAGUACAUGCUGGCCAAAUGGCUGGGGCCGUACCGACGGACCGUCAACCCGCUACCGGCUGCCGCCGGGGCGGCGGUAGCCGGAGUGGGCGAGGCUAAGUGCCGCGCCGUCGGGUUCCGGGCGGUGCAUCCGGUCGCCGUCUCGCCGGCAACACGGACGCAGUAGAAGAAACGACAAGAUCGACUUUACUUAUGAUCACAUUGAAUUAGUCGUAAAUUAUGAGACGCGGCGUUCGCCAGCAGGAACGGAGCGGAGGGCGGCGCACAUAGAGUGGGAAUGUUAUGCGACGCGGUGACCGCAGGAGUGAAGUGGAGACUGUUCAUGUACUCUCUGUGUAGUGUGGAAGAAAUUAUGUGGGGUCGACUUGUGGAUGAGGACAUGGUGUGAUUUGAAAUGGCUUUUCCUAUCAGUGUUGGCUUUUUUUUGUACAAAAUUAUAUAUGAUGAUUGUGAGAGCACUUUAAUUAUGUAAAAAAAUAUAGUAAGAAAUGUUUGAGCAAGAUUAUGAAA